CCAUCCUCAACUUGAAUUCUUUCCUUCUCCUCCAUCGUGAAGCAUCAUUCGCACUCUCGCGACUCUUAUCCAGUAUCACAGACUGCAAUAGUAUCUAUUCUAGACUCUCCGUAUCUUGUAUACUCGCGCCUGUAAGCCAGACUCGCUUUACGACAACAAUUGUUACGUCAUCAUCAUGUCGGACGGAAUUGCUCCAGCUAUAGACAAAGUCGGCGCACCUGAUCCCAAGGCCCCCGAAGCCGAGGCUGGUGCUCCCACCUUGGACACAACAGCUCCUUCAGAGCCUGCCAAGUCAGAGGAGAGCAAGCCUACUGGCAGUGCCGGCGGUCUCCACGCUCCGCCGAAGCCUGUCGAGAUUGCUUCGGUUCCACAAACGCCUGUCAACAACAUGACCCCGGCAGGCGGCACUCCUCGACCUGUGCUCAACAUCGAAGAAGAGCCCAAGGAUUCGCCAAAGAACGAAGACGAGAAUGCUUUCGUCACCACCGGCGUAGAAACAACCUCUGCGCCUACCAUCUCGGAGCCAAAGGAUGUCAACGGCACUAACAAGCCCGAAGCCAACGACGUCGCCGAGGCCGCUGCUGGCGAGAAACGCAAGGCUGAAGAACCCCCUGCCGCGACUAACGGCGCUUCUGCUCCCGCCGUAGCAGAGAAGCCUGCAUCGGAAGAGCCUGUCGAGAAGAAGGCUCGCGUCGAAGACGUCGCAGAUGAGGCGACAGCCACAGAAGACGCUGCGCUAAACGGUAAGCAGGAGGGUGGCAAGACCAUCAAGAAGGAAAAGAAGGUCAUCCCUGCGGUUGGCAAAACAGCACGCAAGACGCGAAGCCAAGGACCGGUUGAAGUCUAGGAGCAAGGUUUAUAAGUCUUUCAUUGUUUUAUCAUUGCGUUUAUGAGUGUUGAGCAGAACAUUGCUCCAAGGAUGGGACGGCGAAAACGGCACGGUCGGUUAUAGGAACAGGAACAGCUUCCCAAAUUCUGCCUGAUUGGAGGUCUUACGUGUAUAUUUGUGCGUUAGGUAGCAAAACAAUGAAUAUUCAC